AUGUCCCCAGACCAGGGCCAGGGGUGCCUGGUGGCAGGCGAGAGGCAGCGGGCACAGCCUGAAACAUGGGAAACUCCACCCGAGCUCAGGAAAAUGAUCUGCUGUGAGGAUGAUCCAAUGCUGGAGCAGUUACACCUGCCGCCCAUGAAGGAGAAGCCAGGGCCCCCGCUGCAGCCUGGCGGCUCCCCCGCGCUCAACAAGAUCUACCCGCGCGGCAGCCACUGGGCCGUGGGACAUUUAAUGGGGAAGAAGAGUGCUGGAGAUUUCCCCUCUGUUGAUGAAGAAGAAAACAAAAUCCCCCUUUCAGCAUCACCUGAAAAUACCAAGCAACUGGAAGACUAUCUGCAGUGGGAAGAAAUGUCCAAAUAUUUGCUAAGGCUGCUGGAAGGAAAUGAAAAUAAGAGCGCUCAUGUCUUAAAAGGAGGGCUUCCCUGGUACACCAGGAGCGCCUGGGAGACAGAUGGCAGUAGCAGCUGGAAGAACAUGAUGGAGUAUCUGCUGCAAGUUGUGAACAUGAAGGAAAGCUCACCGAGCUGAAGGUCCCUCAGCCUUG